ACCGCGGCUCGGCGCAUGCGCGCUGCGCGGCGCCCAUUGUUGGCGCGCGUCACGGGGCGGGGAGGGGGCGGGGCCGGGGGCAGGGCCGGCGGCGGCGGCGGCGGCGGCAAGAGGGAAGCGGCGUCCGCGCCCAGCCCGCACCCGCAGCCGCAGCCGCAGCCGCACCCGCCCCCCGGCUCCGCUCGACCCCCCGGCUCCCCAGGCGCAGCGCGGCGGCGGGCGGGCCCGGGGCCGGCGGGCGGCGCGGAGGAGGCGGCCAUGCCCGACGGCGGCGGCGUGGGGGCCGAGGGCGCGGCCGGCCCCGGGUGCGAGUCCGCCGGCGCCGAGGAGCCCCCCGCGGGCCCCGAGCCCCCCGCCGCCGCGCUGCGCCUGGCGCUGCAGCAGCUGUCGGCGCUCGGGCUGCGGGGCGCGGGCGGCGACCGGGCGGGCUGCGCGGAGGAGGUGGCCCCCGACGGGCGCGAGGCCCCGGGGGCGCAGGGGGCUUCCGGGGCGCCGGCCGCCCCCCAGCCCGCGCCCCCGCCGCCGCCGCCGCCGCCGCGCCCGCCCCCCGACGUGUUCCCGGGCUUCGCGGCGCCCCCGCUGCUGGCCGAGCCCCCCGGCGCCCUGGGCGGCCGCAAGCGGAGCGUGAACAUGACCGAGUGCGUGCCGGUGCCCAGCUCCGAGCACGUCGCCGAGAUCGUGGGGCGCCAGGGCUGCAAGAUCAAGGCCCUGCGCGCCAAGACCAACACCUACAUCAAGACGCCGGUGCGCGGGGAGGAGCCGGUGUUCAUCGUGACUGGGAGGCGCGAGGACGUGGAGACGGCGCGGCGGGAGAUCCUGGCAGCCGCCGAGCACUUCUCGGUCAUCCGCGCGGCGCGCUGCAAGGCGGGGGGAGCCCCGGGGGGCGCGGCGGCCGGGCCCCCGCACCUGGCAGGCCAGACCACCAUCCAGGUGCGCGUGCCCUACCGCGUGGUGGGGCUGGUGGUGGGGCCCAAGGGCGCGACCAUCAAGCGCAUCCAGCAGCGCACGCACACCUACAUCGUGACGCCGGGCCGCGACAAGGAGCCGGUGUUCGCAGUCACCGGGAUGCCCGAGAACGUGGACCGCGCGCGCGAGGAGAUCGAGGCGCACAUCACGCUGCGCACCGGCGCCUUCCCCGACGCCGCGGGCCCGGACAGCGACUUCCACGCCAACGGCACGGACGUGGGGCUCGAGCCGCCGGGGCUCUGGGCCAAGGCCCCUCACGCGCACCCGCACCCGCACCCCAGGGCGCCGGCGGCGCGGGGGGACCCGCAGGGCGCGCAGGGGCCCGAACCCGGGGCGCCCAGGACGCGCUUCCCCGACGGCCCCGACGUGCCCUUCGACUUCCUGGCGCUGGACCUGCCCGCGCCCGCCGCCGCCAUCUGGGCGCCGCUGCCCGCCAGCCCCCCGCCGCCCGCGCCCACGCCCGGGCCCCCGCGCUCGCCCCCGCUGCCCCCCUGGGCGCCCGCGGGCAGCCCCCCGCCGCCCCCGCCGCCGCCGCCUCCUCCUCCGCCGCCGCCUCCGCCUCCGCCGGGGGCCCCGGGCCGCGAGUGCCUGGUGUGCGCCGACGGCGAGGCGCGGGCCGCCCUGGUGCCCUGCGGACACAGCUUCUUCUGCAUGGACUGCGCCCUGCGCAUCUGCGGCCGCAGCGAACCGCACUGCCCCGCCUGCCGCGCCCCCGCCACGCAGGCCAUCCAUAUCUUUUCCUAGCGCUGCGGGGCCGCCCGCUGGGGGCCGGGCAGGAGGGGCAGCCGGGAGGCGGAGGGGCCGCCCCUCCCCAAAGUCUCCUGGAGCUGAGCUUUAACUCCCGGACCAGGCGUGGACAGGCCGCCCCCCGCCCCGCCUGCACCCCACUUGUGAAAGGCGAACAGUAUUGAGUCACAGGCCCAAUAAAGCCCGGAGCAAAGGACUGGGCGG